CUGGUGACGGGGCUGGCCAGCCAAUGAUGGGGUGAGGAGGUGCCUGGUUCUGCCUCCCGUUACUAGCCAGGCUCAAACAGCCAUCAUGUAGCCAUGGCUAUUUGAUCUAUUUCACUUCACUACAAUGCUUUUGGGUGUUUGUUUUUUAACAAACAUAGACGGGGAGGAGUUUUACUGCUGUGUUAUUGGCUGUGCGUUUCUUGUUCGUGUUAAUCAUUUAUAUUUUACAACUCCAAGACCAUAAUCACUUGGACGAACAAGAGGCAAAGGUCUCAUCCAUACAUAAAGGCGAAGCUCCUCUGUGAAUGUCAUCCGACAUGGAGGGGAUCACAGGAAGUAUGUUACUGUUGUGCCUUAUCGGCUUAACUAAUGCAAAUACCAGUCCUACAAUCAACACUGUCGUUUAUCCUGUGUGUGAAGACACACCCAGAGGUGCCUACGCGUUUACUAUAAACGCAACAGACGCAGAAAAUAACCCAAUGACUUUUUCACUCAUUGAGCCCAAUGACGGAUUCUUCACAGUUGACCGUAACACUGGGGAUGUAUCAGUCAGUAGGGAACUAGAUAGAGAGGCUAGUACUACAAUGCAGCUUACAGUUCUUGUCUCUGAUGGUCCCAAUGAUACACGAGGAACAUUAACUAUAAUAUUAUCAGAGGCCAAUGACAACCAACCCUUUUUCGUGGAGUCUUCAUAUGAUAUUAAGAUCCCAGAAAAUACCCCCGUAGGUACGCUUCUGUUUAGGGCGCGGGCCACUGAUUUGGACACUUCAAACGCUGGUGUUAUUAAAUACAGCAUUGACGAAGUUACUCCGAAUGAUGGAUUCAGUCUUUUUAACAUUUCAUCCACAACUGGUGAAGUCAGGUUAAGUGGACGUCUGAAUUUUACUGAGUUGAGCACUUACUAUCGGCUGAAGAUUAACGCAACUGAUGGUGGAGGCCGGUGUUAUUAUGAUGAAAUCAAUUACUUCUCAAACGCUGUUUUUUCCAUCGUUACGGUUGAAGACGUCGCAGAUCUCGACCCACAGUUCAUUAGUACUCCCUACUUCGGGAUAGUUGAAGAGAAUUCUCCUUUGGACCAAUCUGUAUUGAAAGUGACCGCCAUAGACCAGGACAAAGGAGUCAACGAUGACAUCAUCUUCAGCAUUGAAAACUCCACAGCAGAGGGCCUGUUUAAAAUCUCACCAACCGACGGCGUCAUAUCUGUGUUGUCAAAUAUUGACAGAGAAGUUAUUGGUGACACUGUUACCCUGAUUGUAAAGGCUACUGAGUCUAAGGAAAACAUCCACGGGGUCUAUGCCAGCGCCACAGCAGAAGUGAAUAUCAACAUUAUCGACGUCAAUGACAACAGGCCGGAGUUUUACAAGUGUGGAGGCUCGGUAGACGAGCCCUCCUGUGUGAAGGAGAGUCACUUCACAGGAGACGUCAUUGAGCACUGGGUGGGCUCCAUUUCCAUCAACAUGUCAGUCAAAGAUCUGGAUAAGAUUGCCAGAACUAAACUAACUCUGGAGGGAGAGUUCAAGGACGUGUUUUCUGUGAUACUUCAACCUACCAUGGCGUACAGCAUCGUUCAGCUUCUGGUCCUGCAACCCGAAAAACUGGAUUUUGAAAAAAUAGAGCAAAUGGUUCUACAAGUCAUUGCCAUAGAUGAAGAAGAACCCAACUUCAGCUCCACUGCUACAGUUACUAUUAACAUCAAGGACGACAAUGACAACAGCCCCACGUUCCUCCAGGACACGUACAAGUUGAAUGUGUCUGAACACUCUGCUGUUGGGACACAAUUGGGGACCAUUACUGCAGACGACCCAGACACGAUGGAUCAAGGCAACAUCACCUACAGACUUCUUCCAGACAGCAUACUACUGUAUUUUGACGUGGAGCCACGUACGGGCACAGUGUACGUGAAAAAUGAAACUGAGUUGGAUCGCGAGGUGAGGUCUCUGUAUUCAGCCACUCUGCAGGCCAAAGACACAGACGGAAAGCCCGGCAGCACAGUACUGGAGAUCACAUUGACUGACAUCAAUGACAACGCUCCAGUCAUUAACAGAGACUCUUACCGGGAGUUUGUUAAAGAGGGCGCAGAGCUUGAAGUUCAGAUAGAGGCGACUGAUGCAGAUGACUCUGAUACGUUAAACAACCAAAUAGUGUAUGGGAUCGUACCGAGCAGGUACAGUGAUAACUUCACCAUCGACCCUGACACCGGCGUGUUAAGAAAUAUGGGUGAGCUUGAUCGUGAGGCCCUGGACCCAGAUCUGAACGGGAGGAUCGAGCUCAAUGUAACCGCUACUGACAAGGGUACUCCUCCCCUGUCAUCCAUGGUCACAGUUAUCAUCAUUGUAGAGGAUAUCGAAGACAACACACCACAAUUUAAAGCCCCCUCUUACAAAUUCCAAGUCAAAGAAGGAGAAAAAGGUGCCGUUGUGGGUUUUGUUCAGGCUGAGGAUUUGGACCAAACGACAGAGUUUAACCGCAUUUCUUUCAGCAUCAUUGAAGGAAGCUUUGGCAGCUUCAUCAUUCGCACCUUCGCAGAAGAGCAGGGUUACAGGGGAAACAUCACCGUGGACCCCGACAUUGAGCUGGACUACGAGAGCGGUAGCAAGCAAUUCAAACUGCUGGUAGAGGCAGCAGAUCUGGAACAGAACAAAGCUGUGGUGAUCGUGGAGGUGAACGUGGUGGACGUGAAUGACGAGAGGCCCGAGUUCAAGCCAACAAAAUUGACAGUGGAAGUGAAAGAGAACACCACCAUCAUCGGGCCUGUUGGGAGGUUUACAGCGCAGGACAAAGAUGGAAACCACUCACUGGUCUACGAGCUGGAAUCCAUGGAAUGCAGAUGCAACGGCUCUGAGACAUCCUGCAACUGGUUCCUCCUGGAUCCGACGGGGGAAGUCAGAGUCAACCCGGAGCACACAGUGGAUUAUGAAAAAUGUCACCAGGCGGUGAUAAUGGCUCAGGUGGUGGACGAGUUCACAGAGAAAGGAGAGAACAACAGUGUUGCAACAGGAGAAAUGGUGAUUGACAUUAAAGACAUCAAUGACAACGUUCCAGAAUUCAUUUUCUCGAAUGAAGUAUUUGUUGUGGUGUCAGAAAGUGCAAAUAAAGGGACUUCGGUAGGACAAGUCACUGCUACAGACCGUGACUCUGUAAAUAAUAGGGAGAUUGACUUUGAAGUAACAGAAGUCCAAUUUAGAGAUACCAACAAUCUCACAAGUGACAUGAGGAUGCUGUUCAAGGCCGUCAACGCACAGGAAAAAGAAUUUUAUGUUGGAAUUAUUCAAACUAGUGAGGCGCUUGAUAUCUCACUGAAAGGGAGGUAUUUGGUAACAGUAAGUGCAAAUGACCCCGGCGACCUCUCCACCAGCACCGUACUGGAGAUUCUUGCAGUUGAUGAAACAUUUCAAGUGGAACUUGAAUUUGAAAAACCCAAAACUGUCGUCGAAGAAAACCUCAAUGCAAUCCAAAAUGCGCUUCAGGCUGCCACCAAGGCUGAAGUUAAAAUUGCUGCAAUCAGGGAAGUCACUGAAGCAUCCAGGGUUUCAGGGAACACUAUUAUAGUGGCAUAUUUUGUCUACUCCAACGGGACUGCUCUUAUCUCUACUGAAGUGGAAAAGAUGAUCUCUGAUCCAGAAUACUAUCUUGCACUUAUACAGCUGGGCCUCGCGGACAUUGGGAAGGCUCCUGUAGUGGAAACAGUGACUGACCCUGUGGACUACAUCCUGCCGGUGAUGAUGGGAGGCCUCGUCAUCGUGCUGGCUGUCCUCAUCACUUCACUGAUGUGCACUCGCAGAAACUACAGGAGGAAGCUGAAGGCAGCUAAAGCCAUGAACUCUGCGUCCAUGAUGACUUCUGACAACCAGAAAAGUGGUCCUGUGGUGCCUGGAACCAACAAGUACACCAUGGAGGGGGCUAAUCCUGUUCUCAACCUCAACAUCGACGGAGCCAUAGUCCUGGACAUGGACGAGGACAGCUCAGAUGUGGACAAAGUCAGCCUCAACUCCCUGGACUACAGCGAUGAUAUGACCAUUCCUGGAAAGGAGAACCCCCUCAUGAAGAUGAUCCAGGAGGAGGAGGAGGAGGAGGAGGAGGAAGAUAGCGGGCCACCGGAGUACAUCGAGCCUCUGGGUGCAGCGCUGGCCCAGCGGGGCCAGAAGAAGGGCUCCGACAAUCCUCACAUGGGUUUCACUAACCCCGCGUUCAGCACCACAGACCUGUGAUGGAAAUAAUGGAGGGAGAGACACUGAUCAGAGGUCUCAGAUGGACAUUACGUUGUUUCUCUGUAAUCUGGCUGGCUGACCAAAUUUCCAGUCAAACACAUUGAUGGUGUUGGAUAAAGUGCUCGUGUCUUCAAGUAGCCAGGCCUUCUGUUGUGACCAAUAGUAAUGUAUUAUUGAUAUUAUGCACAAGAUUCAUGGCAUCUAAAGUGAUGAAUUUGCUUCAUCUUAACAUUCAAUUCAAGGAAAAAAAAGAAAGGAAAAACCAAAAUGGGAGAUCCAUGAAAACAAUACACCGAUACCACAUAGUGUAACAAUCCUGUGGAAUUUGGUUUGGUUAUUGAAUCGACUCUGUUUUUUGUCCAAGGAAUAGUUUGACAUUUUGGGAAAUAGAUUUAUUUGCUCUCUUGCAGAGAGUUAGAUGAGAAGAUUGAUGCCACUACAGCCAGGAGACGGUUAGCUUAGCAUAAAGAUUGGAAACAAGGCUUUUUGAAAGAGACUGGGACACGGGCAUUGAGCUACUGAGUAUGACACAUGCACAGUGGAACUGGAGCUGCUGUCGUGCGUUGCUAUUGGCUAAAUGUCGGCGAGUGCAGACCAGAUUUUUACUGCGCGUGUGUUGUACCCCAAUAAUAUGACGCGAUGAUGACGCGUGACAUUUCCUCUUUUCACCCUCCUUGAUUGGAAACAGGAAAAACAGCUGCAGCCUGACUCUGUUCAAAAUCUUAAAAACCUCUGCAGCUCAGCUGGCGGUUUCCCUCUGUUUCCAGUCUUUAUGUUAAAGUAAGCUAAUUGCCUGCUGGCUGUGGCUUCACAUUUAGAGCAGAGACAAAUAAGCACAUUUCCCCAAAUGUUGAACUCCGUCUUCACAUGAACCUUAUCUAGACAAAGAAAAAUUGGACAUAAGCAAACAAAACAAUUGUUUGUUGCACAUGGAAAUCACUUUAUUUUUGUUAAUAUAUUCAGCGACGGUUUAAAAACUGUUUGGUUUGCUUUGAAAUAAACUGUAUUAUACGUUAUGUCAACACACAAUGUCAAUUUUUGUUGCAGCUGAUGCUACUAAAAAGAAAAUCCAAAAAAAGGUAAAAUAUUGCAUAAUGUCAAUGUAUGAAUAAAUUCCUUAUUUAUGACGGCAUGUCAGCCAAAAGGUUUAAAACUUUUGUCUGCUUCACUUGUCAGUGUAUGCUUUGGGUUUGAGAUACUUAAUAAAAACCUCAUGCAGAGUGACUUCCUACAAGCAGCGGAUUGAAAAGAUUAUUUCACUGUUCACUGACAUCUAAAUGAAUGUAUCACAAAGUGCAAUCUGAAUAAAAUCAAUUUCUCCAAAUGUG